CCUUGAGCUCAGAGCCGGACUAUAAGUUUUUAGGUCCUGAAUGAACAGUCAGUUCAGGAGGAGAGCAGGUCACCGGAGGAGUGAAUAAACCUGGGUAAAGAUUUGUCCCAUUGAAUAGCAUUUCUAGCUAUAAAAAAAUGGACAUCAAACCAGUAUUAAGGAAAAUUGGCUCUUGGGUCCGAGCCAUUCUCACAUUUCUCUUUGCUCUCCUGGUUCUUGGGGUGAUGUUAUGGGCAUACAUCGAUGGUUUCCAGAUAGCCACAUCUCCAUUUAACAUCAUCUCGUUUGGUUUCUACGGAGUGCUGCUCAGCCUCCACAUCCUAAUUCAGAGUUUCUUUGCCUUUGUGGAGCAUCGGCGCAUGAACGCAAGACGCCAACCAUGCUCUUACACAAAAACUGUCGGCUUUACCAUAUCAGCCUAUCAGGAGGACCCUGCUUAUCUCCGCGAGUGCCUUCAGUCAGUACGGGCUCUGCAGUACCCACCUGAGCUUCUACGCAUUGUCAUGGUGGUGGACGGAAACUCAGAAGAUGACCGUUACAUGAUGGAGAUGUUCCGGGAGGUCUUUGCAGACCAGGAUCCUGGCUGUUACAUAUGGCAGAACAACUACCACUCUUGGAAGCCCACUGUCCCAGAAGGCGGUGCAGCUGAAGCAGAUGGAGUUGUGUUUGAAGACCAUCAGCGCUUGGAGGUUGAAACACUCAUCAGAACCAAGAAGUGUGUGUGCAUCAUGCAAAAAUGGGGAGGAAAGAGAGAAGUGAUGUACACAGCAUUCAAGGCAUUAGGAUCCUCAGUGGAUUAUAUACAGGUCUGUGACUCAGACACAAAAUUAGACCCUCUGGCCACAGUGGAGCUCUGCAAGGUGCUGGAGAGCAACCAGAAAUACGGUGCCGUGGGAGGCGACGUGAUGAUCCUUAACCUUAGAGACUCUUAUAUCAGCUUCAUGAGCAGCUUGCGCUACUGGAUGGCGUUUAACAUUGAGAGGUCUUGCCAGUCCUUCUUCGACUGUGUCUCCUGUAUCAGCGGCCCCUUAGGUCUUUAUAGGAAUGACCUGCUGCAACAGUUUCUGGAAUCCUGGUACAACCAGAAGUUUCUUGGCACCCACUGUACGUUCGGGGAUGACCGUCAUCUCACCAAUCGAAUGCUAAGCAUGGGCUAUGCUACAAAGUACACUGCCCGUUCGAAGUGCUACACAGAGACUCCCGCCCAGUUCCUGCGCUGGCUCAAUCAGCAGACGCGUUGGACCAAAUCCUACUUUCGUGAAUGGCUCUAUAAUGCUAUGUGGUGGCACAAGCAUCACCUGUGGAUGACCUACGAAUCCAUUGUCUCAGGCAUCUUUCCUUUUUUCGUCACUGCAACCAUCAUCAAGCUCUUCUGGGCGGCCUCUCUGUGGGACAUUUUGUGGGUCUUGUGCUGCAUCCAACUGAUUGGUCUGGUAAAGGCAGCCUAUGCCUGCAUCCUACGACAAAACAUAGUGAUGGUCUUCAUGUCCUUAUACUCUGUCCUCUAUAUGACCAGCCUCCUACCUGCCAAAUACUUUGCCAUUAUCACCAUGAACAAAAGCAGCUGGGGCACAUCGGGCCGUCGUAAGAUGGUGGGGAACUAUAUUCCCCUGGUACCACUAUCAGUGUGGGCGGCCAUUUUGUUGGGAGGCCUGGGGUACACGAUCUACAAAGAAACCAAGUUGGAUUGGACAACAGAUGAAAAGAAAGAGGAGACCAAGUUUUUGAUAUAUGGAUCUGUAGCUUACGUGUGCUACUGGCUUUUAAUGAUUGGCCUCUAUUGGGUGUGGUUUCGGAGAUUAUUCCGAAAACGCUCACAGACUUACACUGUGAAUGUAUAGGACAAUUACUCUGGCACAUUUUUUAAUUUAUUUAACAUUUGCACAUUUUUUUUGUUUGUAAAUUGAUUACAUGCAAUCUUAUUUAUAGACUUUUUUAAAACUCGCAAUGUUAUUUAUAAUUUAGUUUUUUGUAAAUAUAAGUAUUGCACAUAUUUUAUGCAGUUUAUGAUGUCCAGUAAGUACCAGGUAUUCCUGAAAUGAGGUGAAAGCGACCAGUCAUUAAAUGUAAUGACUAUAUGAAAUGUACAGAAUACAAUCACAUGAAGACAACAUUUUAAAAAUGUUGGGUGGGUUUUUAAAAUGUAGUAAUAUAGCAUAACCAAAAUUUUAGAAAUAUGGUAUUUUUAGUGAGGGAAUUUGAACAAGAUACAUCAUUAAGCUUACUGAAGUGAUACCGAAUGACUAAUGAAAUAACUGAGGGAACAUCCUGUUACAACACGUUUUUUACACAGUAUUUUUAGAACAUUGAUAAAUAGAUACAUACACAAUGAACAGUACUGAUCAUGUGAUGAUGAUAUUUUAGCAUUUGUUAUUGUCAGAAUGACUACUAACACAAAUAUGACAAACAACUGUGCAGAUAUUUCUCCUUUUUUUUGGGAUAAGUGUCAAUUUGUAAAUACUUGAUAAUCCUUUCUGAUGUAAUGUGACAGGGAAUUUUAUGUUGUCUUUUAGCACUUGAACAGAAUAUGUUGUGUCAGUAUAUUUAUUCAUAAAUACAAAUGGCAGGAAUAUUGUGUAAAUGUGAACUCACAAUUAUUUGUUAUUUAAACAAUACAAGAGAUUAAAUAAAUUAUUUUUAAAGGAAA